UUUGCCAAAGCCGAUGUAGCUACCGGGUGCCCGCUUGUGUUUCGAUAAUGUUCUGGUAUUAAUUUUAUAUGAAUGAUCUUACUGGAACUGUAGGUAAAAGAAAAGAAACAUGCCCCUUCCAGCAGCGUUGUUAGCACGUCUACAGAAAAGAGGAAUUGUUCAGGAGAGAGAAGAAAAAACGGUCAUUCCAACACCAGUUCCAGUAUCAAGUUCGGAGCCAGUUGAAGAGGUUUUUGCUGAAGAUUAUGAUGAUCCUACUAAAGAUCAGAACUCCCAUCCUGAAGAAGAAGAAAGUCCUGUAAUUAUCCCUGAACCUGAAAAUAUAGGGCCUCUAAUCUGGGUAGUAUCUGCAUGUCCAAACAAAGAUAACCCUUACCACAAAUGUGUCGCAUACUGCCAUGAGCGAUGGGGGAUGGAAAAGUUUGAAGCAAGCGAGGAAAUGUUACGAAAACGAGAUAGAAUGCUAAGAAGGUAUCCACUUCCUGAAGGAUGGGAGGAAGUUGCAGAUGCUGAAACCAACAGGUAUUAUUACUGGAAUGUAUUGACUGAUGAAGUAUCCUGGCUGUCACCAACUCAUCCCUCGGCAAAUGUCACAGUUUCAGCACAGAAAGUCAAAAGUAUGUCUAUGGACAUUUCUGCUCGUCUUGAUGGUUUUGACAGUGAGGAAGAUAUGGAUGCAAAGUCGGAGAGUGAUCUGAGCCCAUCCUCUAGUGAUUCUGAGUCUGAAGAGGAUGAUGAAGAGGAGGAGAUGGAAGAAAAGCGGCCAAGAAGUGGACGAAAUCAAAGGGAUCAGGGUCGAGGACGGGGAAGAGGUGGGCGACGACAAAAGGACGAGCUUGAUCCUAUGGACCCAGCUUCAUACUCUGAAGUUCCCAGGGGAACUUGGUCAACUGGACUUGACAGACGUGGAGAGGCUAAAACUGGUGCUGACAUCACAGCUUCGGGGCCUCUCUUCCAGCAACGUCCUUAUCCAAGUCCUGGUGAAAUCCUACGCCGAAACCAAGGCAUGCCGAAGGAGUAAUGAUGAAGCAAGCCAGGGGCAAAGAGAUUUAACAAGGCAUAACAUGGGAACUGAGGAGUAGAAAAAACAAAACUGAAAUAAAAUAAAAUGUUUAUAAAAUUAUUUCAAUUACCAAAACAAACAUGUUUUUCAGAUAUUUAAAAUAUUAAACAUGAACCUGAGAUGUGGACAUGAAAUGGAACAUAAGAUUAUACAGAUUUUAAAUAAUCAUUAGCAUUUUCUUUUAUUUGGAUUUUAUGAUGACAGAAUUAUUUUGUUCUGCCUUUUUUCAAACUUAUUUAUGAACUUUAUUAUUGAGAAAGAUGAAUGAAGUUGUGGUCACUUCAAUGAUGUUUUAUAAAGGAAAGAAAGUGUAGUUAAAAUAAAUUGUCACUAGGUAGUAGUCUGGGUCUGGAAAUGUCAUACUGCAUACUGAAGCUUUGUUCCAUAGAUGUUUACAUAGUAUUGUUAUAUGUACAAGAAGGGCCUCAUCUGAACCUUGUUCCAUGCAGCUGUUUUUACUGCAGUCACAGACAUAGAUGGCUGUCAAGAAUUCAUAUAGCUAGUAAUUUAUUGUGCACAAUUUCAAUUGUAUAUGGCAUGAGUUUACUUGCUCCUUUUAAAAGAAAAUGAACAGGCAGCCUUUAUCAUCAGCAGAUCAGUUUCAUUGUAAAUAAAAUCAUAUCACUGAUAAAA